AUGCUUCUUUCAGUUCCUCUCGCACCUCAAAAUGUUACAGUAUGGCCAUUGUCCUCCACGAGUCUCUCGCUAAAGUGGUCAAAACCUUCAAAAAACCCAAAAAGUGGUUCAAUACUUGGCUAUAGCGUUGUUCUACUUGAUCUAGUCACUGGUACAUCGCACAAUUUCACAAACUAUACCGAAAAGUACGCUUUGAUAAAUGAUUUAAAAGAAUAUCACAAUUAUUCAGUGAAAGUCGCAGCUUUUACAGCCGUUGGUCAGGGAAUGUUUACUCCUUGGAUUCGUACAAGAACUUUAGAAGAUGGUAAGUGUCGUAGUGGAUGAUUUUCAGUGUCGUAUUAGAUACGCAAAUUUAUAUACAUUCUUAAACCCACCUGACCAGAAGCAAUUGCAAAAAAUGCAACUUUAGGUCCUUGGCCAGGAAUUGAAUCUGCGGCCUCGAUUCCUGCCAGACGGUCUAAAGUUAUAUUUGUCGCAAUUUCCCUUGUUUAGGUCCAAUAAUGUAUAUAAAUUUGCGUUCAAAUAUUUGAGUAAUCCAUUUACAAAAACCAUCUAUCUCUGCAUCUAAAGCAUCUACAUCUAUUCUGGCAAUUGAGUGAGAUGCCCCAAGAUCUCUGUAUUGUAUAUUAAUAAUUAAUAAUUUAUGUAGCAGAUUUUUUCUGGUGAAAUGAUCAAAUGCGUCUCGUAGUGCUCGUAUACUGAUCUUUUAAAUAUAUGCUCAGUUGUGGGUUUUUUACAGCAUCAGAUCAAUUUAAUAUAGGAUACGUACAACACCUUUUUACCCCCUUUGUAUGAUCUAAGUACCUAACCACGUUUUAACUCCAUAGUGAAACAUAUAAUAUCACUUUAUUGUUAGCCAUAUUCAAUAACACGCACUACAGUCUACAUCCGCAUGAUGUAACCGUGCUUAACCCAGCAGCGUGCUUAGCCCACAACAUGUACCACUACUGUCUGAUCUAACUGUACUUUCCAAACAAAAUGAAAUAUUUCUAAGGUAGCGCUCGUUCAGGUACACACACUAUCUCUGCAUGAUCAAACUAUGUUUAACACUAAUCCAUGAGGAUAUGCACUAAUCCACGUUUUGUUCCCUUUCAUAGUCCCCUCUGGUGUUCCAGAAAAUCUCACCGUUACAGAAACUUCUAGCUUUUCGCUUCUGGUUACUUGGACAGCAAUACCGAAAGUAGAUAGGAACGGUGUUAUCCUGGGUUAUGUUUUGACAAUCCUUGAUCAUCUGACAAGUCAGAAUGAGACUGUGAUACUGAAUGGAUUUAACCAGUUCAUCUAUAAGAAGAAUGAUAUUAAGAAGUAUUACAGUUAUUUAAUAACCAUUGCUGGUCGAACAUCUGUUGGUGUUGGUGUUAGUAGUGAGGAGAGCUCGGUUGAAAUCUCAAACUUAGGAAAAGGUGAGUGACUCUUUUAUCUUGAUGGCGGUGGUAGGUAUUGGAAUUUUGACGGUGAAUAUGAUGAUGGUGAUGAUAGUAGCGAUCAUGAAAAUAAUGAUGAUGGUGGUGAUGGCGGGUGGUGGUGGUGAUGGUGAUGGUGAUGAUGGUAAUGGUGAUGAUGGUAAUGAUAAUGUUCGUUGUGGUAAUCGUGGUGGUGAUGGUGAUGAUGGUAAUGGUGAUGGUGGUGGCGAUGGUGAUGGUGGUGGUGAUGGUGAUGGUGGUGGUGGUGGUGAUGGUGAUGAUGGUAAUGGUGAUGGUGGUGGCGAUGGUGAUGGUGGUGGUGAUGGUGGUGGUGAUGGUGAUGAUGGUAAUGAUGAUGGUGGUUGUGGUGAUUACGGUAGUGAUGGUGAUGAUGGUAAUGAUGAUGGUGGUUGUGGUGACGGCGAUGACAGUGGUUGUGAUGAUGGUUUUGGUUGUAGUUGUUGUAGUGAUGAUGGUGUUGAUGUGAUGAUGGUGCUGAUAGUAUAGUGGUUGUGGUGAUAAUGAUGGUGAUGCUGAUGUGGUGGUGAUUGUUGUGGUGAUGAUGAUGGUAUUGUUGAUUAUACUGCAAUGAUAGUGGUGAUUAUAAUUGUGGUGACUAUGAUAAUUGAUUAAUUGUGAUAUGAUUUCUAGCAGUUUUACUUUAAUAUAUUCAUUUGUCAUAUAAUUAAAAUGCUUUAAAUUUUGAUUCUUAAAGCUCAAUUUCUUUUAUAGUACCUCCUCCUCCACCACAGAACAUCUCAGUGACAGCCAUCUCAUCUACAUCGCUCAGGGUGACAUGGUCUGUUGUUAUGCUUGAGCACUUUCAUGAUGUUCUACAGUAUUAUGUAAUCCAUCUCAAGGAUGUGUUUGAGAACACUACGCAAUAUUUUUCCCCUCGUUUUAAUACGACACAGUUCGUUUUCGAGAUGGAUGGAUUGAAGAAAUACUAUAAGUAUGUCGUCAGUAUGGCAGUGCUGUCCACAGGUGGUACCAGCGAAUACAGUCCGUGGAUUGGAGUUACUACUUUGGAAGACAGUAAGAUAUACCAAUUAUAAUUCCGACCUUAAAGCCGAGAGGAUUUUUUUAUCAAAGUUGUGAAUUUCCUGCAUUUAGAAAUUGAACAUUUUGUAAUGCGCUUUUAUUACUUUUUACAACUUCAUCCUCCUUGUUGUGAAACAACGUUUGCUCUGUAUCACAAGCAUGAAUGAAUUGGUGUUGUUCCUAUUGAUAUAUAUACACAUUAUCAAUGUAACAACAAACUGUUCCGGAUAAUAUAAGUUGAUUGUAAUUGCCUGUGCAAGAAUGAAAUAAAGUAUGAAAAGAAAUAAAAUCCUCAUGGCUAAUUUUGAAAUAUUUCCUUUCCAGCACCUUCCUUUGCACCAAGGUAUCUGUUUCUAAAGUUGUCCCAAACACUGACCUACAGCUUGGUAUGGUCACCAUUAAACCGCACUGGAUGGUGUGGUGAGCCUAAAGGCUACAGUGUAUCCUAUGGCUUACAAAACAUAUCCACAGUAAACUACACUACCGUGAAUGUCUCACAUAUAACGGACCAAUUCUGGUUGGCCAAAAAUUUGACACGUUUUGUCGACUAUAAAGCGUAUGUGGCAGCAUUUACAACCGUUGGCGUUGGACCGAGAGUUUGGCGAAGAUUUUAUUUGAAUGACGGUGAGUCUGAAUCCUGAUGGUACUGGCGCAUGUGUUUUUCAUCUUUGCAUAAGGCACAUCUUUCGAUUCCCGCAAUAUACAAUACGUGUAUCAAACAGGGGCGGAUCUAGCCUCGUCUGCAAGAAGAAGUGUAGGUUUUCCAUGGGGUGGUGCAUGAGAGAGCCUUACUGCCCACUUUCCUCUGUAGUCUGUAACCCAACAUUACCAUUAUUUGAGAUGGCCAAAUCUGCAUGUUCGCCGUUCUGUUACGUUUUACAUUAUCUUUUGUUUAUACUGUUUAUAUCGGCUUUUUAUCACGUAUGCGCGUGACUGGACAGUUGCGAAUACGGGCAUUUAGAAAGUUUUUUUUAUAGUUUAGGUUUCCUGCCUUACCCUCUGUAGUGUCACUGGACCAAUUAGAGAUGGAACGUUUAGUUUAGAUUUCCUUCUUUUUGUAUUGCGUUUUGUAUUGAAAGUCUUGCAAUUGUCUAAUGUCUUUACAGUGCCUACAAGUUCUCCAGAGAUUCAAUCCAUUAAAACGAUCAAUUCAACAACUCUGAAAUUACAAUGGUCUCGCAUUCCAAAGAAGCACGGUAUAGCAGAAGGAUAUGCAAUACGGGUUCAGUGUCUUGCCUGUCGCGGAAUAUUUGCAGAACCGAAGACAUUUUAUAUUUCUGCUCGCUCUCAUCAUGCCAUACUUAGUGGAUUGAGAAUUUACAGCAACUACAGUGCGGAAAUUGCUGCGUAUAACAAGUUUGGAGAGGGAAACUUCGGUUAUCCUGCGUUUGCUAGAACAGACGAAUCUGGUAGGCUACUAGGCUUUAAUAAACUUCAUUAGUUGAUUGAUCGACCAGCUGUAUUACAAAGGCGGAUCUAGCCUCAUCUGCAAGGAGAGGUACAGGUUUUCCUUGAGGUGGUGCAUGAGGGAGCCUUACUGCCCAAUCUCAUCUGAAGUCCGCAAUGCUACUAUCUCAACAUUACCAUUAUUUGAGAUGGGUCAAUCUGAUGCCUGAUUUGGAGUUUUAGAAAUAUUAUAGGUCUACACUCAACUCGGGUUAUCCAAUCCACAUAAGGAUAACAAGUUGGGAAACUGGUUUUAAAGCAAGAUGCUAACCCGAUGGCAAUCACAGCCAGUUGCGUGUCCGCUGAGGUAGCAUGCAGUGCCGUGAUGCGAGCCCGCGUAUACAUCAGUGAAGAAAUGGGAAAGUAUGAGAAUUUUUUUGUUCACCAUUUUACCAUUCGUGGUACAGUACACAUAGUCCACAAUGGCAAUUUCAUUGCCAAGAUCCAGCCUCACUGUCCCUCCCCCUCCUGAAAGUCGAGGGCUUCUCAUGGACCCCAGGCGAUAGCUAAUGAGAAUUCAUGCUUAUUUUAGCUCCAAAAGCAGCACCAGAAAAUGUGUCUUCAUUUAGCACGGGUCCAAACAAUCUAACAGUAUUCUGGUUGGGUUUGAACAAUACUUGGGGAGAAAUAAAAUACUACCGUGUCCACCUCUACACAACAUCAAGGAAAAUGGGAGUUUUGAAUACAGAGAAGAAUUACCUUACUUUUACUGGACUGAACAAAAGCACGGUGUACGAGUUUGAAGUUCAAGGAGCGACAAGCAAAGGCGAGGGUCCUCUCUCGGUCCAAACCAGUGGUCGAACUCUUUUUGGAGGUAUAGAAUAUUUCAGCAUCAAUUACAUUCUAUUAUAUAAAAAGAUUAAACCACAUUUACCGCCUGGAAUAACUGAAGAGCUAAGCAUUCACGUGUAGAAAUAUGAAGUAUGAUAAACAAAAAAGUGAUUAAUAUCCAUAUCAUUAAUAGGUCAGGGAACAUUGUUUCCUAGCCAUGUUUCGUGAGGGUGGACAACCAAAGAAACGUUAAGCAGACUUGCUACAAGAACAAAAAUCUCACAUCUUGUAGCAAGUCUGCCAACAAGUCGUCAACAAGUUGUGUUCGCACUGCUUGUCCCAAGUUGUCAACAAGUUUGGAACAAGCUGUUAACAACUUGCGACAACCUUGUUGAUAUUAUCAGACUUGUUGCAAGGUUAUGUCGUCAACCUUGUAACAUUCUUGUUAUAUCAUGACUGUAUCAGACUUGUUAGAACAACCUUGUAACAAGACUGAUAAUGCCAUCAAGCUUGUUACAAGUUGUUAACAGCCUGUUCCAAACUUGUUACAACAUCUAGGAACAAGCAGUAAGAACACAACUUGUCGACAGCUUGUGAACAGAUUUGUAACAACAUGUUUGCAGACUUAUAUUAACUGUGGUAGAAGAACACACAGAGUAACAUUUUUUCCUAAUAAAAAAUAAACUGUUAUUUUUCAGAUCCUCAAGUUUGUCUUUCAAAUAUUUCUCUUUUCGACGUCACUUCAAAGAGUGUGGAGAUCACGUGGCAAGCUUUGAAUUCGGACCUAGUCCCUGGCGGCCUCGCAUCUUACGAGAUUCUCUACCGAAUUGAUCACGUGAGAUUUUCACGUGACGUGCAUGUGACAAACACGAGGUCUACCCACACUGCUUUUCGUCUUGGGGGACUGGAGGAGAGUAUGACUUACUGGAUAUCUGUAAGGGCGUCUAUUGAUGCAUCCGUUAGGAAUUAUGAGAUUCCGCAAUGUCCUGAAUAUAAUAUGACCACAAAGGAUGACGGUAAGGGAAAUAAAAGGCUGGUACACACGUAAAAAUCUCACAUCUUGUCGUGUUCGCCCCAGGCUUGUAGCAAGCUUGUAAACAGGUUGUGACAACGCUGCUAUUCUAUCAAGUUACUGCAAGGUUGGCACUCACAACUUGUUGACAAGUUGUUGAAUUGCAAGAAGAUAACAAGUUUGUUGAGAUCAACAACUUUGCAGCAACUUGUGGACAAGCCGCUAUCAACAACAAUUUUGUAUCGUGGAAAGUUGUUGUAACAAGUUUGGAACAAGCUGUGAACAACUCGUCACAAGCUUGAUGGCAUUAUCAGACUUGGUACAAGGUUGUUCUAUCAAGUCUGAUACAAUCAUGAUAUAACAAGAAUGUUACAAGGUUGACGACACAAGGUUGUAACAAUAUUGUUACAUCAUGACUGUAUCGGACUUGUUGGAACGACCUUGCAACAAAUCUGAUAAUAUCAACAAGAUUGUUACAAGUUGUUCACAGCUUGUUCCAAACUCGUUGACAACUUGGGACAGGCAGUGCGAACACAACUUGUUGACGGUUUGUUGGCAGACUUGCUACAAGAUGUGAUAUUUUUGCGUGUGUAUACGUGUAAUUAAUUUAUGGUUGUAAGCUUGGUUAAGUUAUUUAUGUGCUGACAUAAUUUCACUUCAUGUUUAGUUCCCGAUGCACCACCUUUAGAGGUUUUCGAAGGCUCGGUUACAUCCACUAGCGUCACAGUAAGGUGGAAAGCCAUACCAUUCGCCCACAUGAAUGGCAUAUUACUGGGUUACCGUCUGAAUUACUCCAUGACAACCCGGAGUCCCAUCUCUAGAAUCAAGAAAGACAUUAGCAGAAACGACAACCAAGUAUACAGCGUCACUGUUGGCCCUGAUAAAAACAGUUAUAUUAUCGAAAGUUUAAAGAUGUUUACAAAAUACUCGAUAACAAUUGCUGGUUACAAUGAACAGGGUGUUGGACCUUAUAGUCAAUUUGUGAAUAUCUUAACUGCAGAGGAUCGUAUGUGAAAAUAUUUUACAAAUUUGCUCUAAUGCUUUAGCAGUCCUUGCAAUUUUAAAAAAAUAUCUUAGACAAAAAAAUUGCGAAGUCGAUAUUUUACAAUUCGGCAGCAAUUUUCCCCCAUAAUAACUAUCUUAAUAAAUUAUUAGAAACAUUAUUAGAUCAUUAAUAGAUCGUUAGAUUUAUAGAUUAUCAUUAUUGAAGAUUAAUAGAUUAUUAGAAGAUUAAUAGAUUAUUUGAAACUUGAAAUACUGAUGUAUUUUAAAUGAAAGGAAAUUCACUUGGAUGUCUUCAAUAGAUUCCUUUACAGCAUAUAGUAAAAUGUUUUAAAAUAACCACUGGCAAAAAAUGUCCGUCGAUAGUUGAACAUCUCUAAUACGAUUACUUUCCAAUGUCCGGAUACAUUUUCAAUAUCCGCCAUUUUUGAGGUACUGUCUUCCCACGUCGGAGAAUCCAGAGAAUCUAAACAAUGUGAAUAGCAAAGUUGUAACUAUACCAUUAAGGUGCAGACACACCGGACGCGAUUCGCAACGCGACGCGAUUUUUUAGUUUUUGAAGUAAUAUAUGAACAACUAGAGCGAGUGUUUCACCGGGAUAUCCAAACACGAGAAAACAAUUGAAUCGAAACGUAACAGAAUAUUUUCGUUUGCUGAUUUGAAUGGAAUUCUUAACCAAGCAUAACGUAAUUAGGAAUUCUAUUCAAGUAAUUUUGCAUGCGUAAUUAAGAUAUUUGAUGAAAACACUAGUGACUUUCAUCAAGUAUCCAAAUGGCAUCUUGUGAUCAAAUAAGUGAUUAUCAUUGGCUGAAUUGCUCAUGAAUUAUUAAUGAAUUUGAGAAAGUUAAUAAAACAGCCAGUGAGAGCAAAUUUUGAAAGAUAUGUAGACCAAAUAACUCAAUAUGUUAUACCGCUUCUAAAUAUUUGGAAAAUUUAAACUAGAAUCCAAGUUAUUGGUCAGCGAAAAUCGAAAAAUCGCGUCGCGUUGUCGAAUCGCGUCCGGUGUGUCUGGACCUUAAGAGACACAACCAUGCUGAUAAAAAAUCGCUUUUCACGAUGCGCACACUCUCGGACUUGGGAGAGGCAAUACCCCCAAAAUGGCGGAAAAACACACCCUGUGUGCACAACAUUAAAUACAUUUAAAAAUAUCUCUAUUCUAGUGCCGUCACGUGCCCCGACAAAUCUUCGCGUCGUCAAUCGAACAUCUUCAACAAGCUUACAGCUAUCGUGGGAUCCAGUUCCCCAGGACUACAUACACGGCAUUCUGUCUGGUUACACAGUGCGUUAUCAAGCAAUUGAAGAGGGCGCCGGGGUUAAAAUAACAGAAAGUCGGUUUUCCACAUUGAAUGUACCCGCUCAUGUUAAUUCGGUGGAAAUACGUAACUUGGCGUCUUACACUCGAUACAAGUUGACCAUGUUCGCCAAGACAAAAGUCGGCAAUGGAGUCUUUAGUAAGGCUGUUGUUGGAGGUAUGUUAAAGCCCGUUUGCACUUGCAAUUUUGGCUGCGAUUUUAGGUGCGAUUUUCUUCUCCUGAUUUAUGUGAACGAGUGGAUGAGUUAGGCAUGUUUAGAUUAGGGUGCAUAUACUCCGAGCAUUCAUAACUAGUUAACUUGUUUGCAGACCUAUAACAACUUGUGCGUUUUUAUGUGUAUAACAAGUUGGUGUUAACAAGCUGGUAACAUGUUGUUACAAAUCUGUUCACAAGCUAUCGACAAGUUUUGUAAGCACUGCUUGUUUUCAGUUAUUGUAACAAGUUUGGAACAAGCUGUUAACAACCUGUAACAAGCUCGAUGGCAUUAUCAGACUUGUUACAAGGUUGUUCUAACAAGUCCGAUGCAAUAAUGAUAUAACAAGAAUGUUACAAGGUUGACGACAUAACGUUGUAACAAUAUUGUUAUUUCAUGACUGUAUCAGACUUGUUGGAACAAUCUUGCAACAAGUCUGAUAAUAUCAAAAGGUUGUUACAAGUUAUUAACAGCUUGUUCCAAACUUGUUGACAACUUGGGACAAGCAGUGCGAACACAACAUGUUGACGGCUUAAUUGUUGUUUGAUUACAAACCUCCCUGAAUUUCAGACACCUGCAGAUGUCACGUGAACAUGUCAACAAACUGGUGGAAAAUAAAACCAUACAUUGAUCUGACGGAGGACUCAAAAUUAGCUGGAGUGUUCCCUGUUGUAUUACAUAAUAUGGUCACAUCCUGUUGCCAGUCUUGUGGGACACAUAGAACCACAAAAGUCGAGUUUUUGACGAAGGAUAGUGUCAGGAAUUCGCUUGAAGAUGUACGCAAUGGUAUAAGUGAAAGUGACCUAAGUUUUCCAGUGUAUGGUAGUUCAGACCAGGAGACGUAUGGUGCCUUGUAUGGUUAUGUACCAGUCAUAAAUUCACCUGGCGAAGCAUAUGUGGUAAAUCGUGAACCCGUCAAAACGUCUACAGAUAUAUUGGUUACACUGAUAUUUAGCUGCUGGCCUUUGCUUAUAUUGAGCUUGGUGUUUUCUAUACUGGCUGGUUUUGUCAUAUGGUUUCUGGUAAGUCUAGUUCUUGGUUUGCACUUGACGUCAUGGCUGUCAUGUUGGAGGACCGCUAACAAUUAGCUUUCCGACGUUGAUGAGUGGACUGGAACGAGUGUUAAAAAGUGCCCAAAUUAAGAAAUAAACCAAAUCACUAAAAAGACCACCUCAAAAUUACUGAGUAUACAUAGUUUGAAGACAUUUACAUGAAUACCCUUCGAAUAAUAAGCUUUCGAAAAUCGCAAUAUUUACAGUAUGAAAUGUACUGUAAUUUUUGUUUUUGGGACGCGCGUCCCAAAAACAGUCUUUUAAAUAAUAUCAGUAAUUUCACAAUUUUCGAAAGCUUAUUAUUCGAAGGGUAUUUAUGUAAACGUCUUCAAACUUUAUAUACUUAGUAAUAUUUUGAGGUGGUCUUUUUAGUGAUUUGGUUCAUUUCCUAAUUUGGGCACUUUUUAACACUCGUCCCCAGUCCUCUCAUCAUAAAUUGCUAUACUGGGAGAUUAUAAACCAGGAAAAUUUAAAUUUGUAGUUUGACGGCUAGUCAACUCUUUUUAACAAAAACAAGUCUUUUUAACUUUGCUAUGAAAGUUGCUUCGAUGACAUUUCAUACCACGCUAUUUGGGUUCGGAUCAGUCAUGUAUUCAUCACAGUGUUAGCCCUGAGACCUUCCUGUCAGCUAAGUUCCUCGACCAUUAAGCAUGUAGGCGACAGUAAACAAACUCGUUGAACCAAAUGAUUGCAGAAGAACUCUUUUCGUUUAUUAUCCAUCAUAUCAUUGUAUGAACAAUAAUACAGUUUAAGGAUUGCGGUUAACACAUGUUUAAGACCCAUUGGACGACUUGCGCUUUAGACUAAAUUUUAAUCUAAGUAAGAACAACGAAAUCUAUCACCACAGCUAGAAAGAGCGUCUUGGAAUUAGUAAUAUUACAAAGGGUUGGUUGCGAAAUGUUGUAAAAUACGGAAAUAUAGCCUUUCAAAGUUGGCAAAUUUGUUUUCUUUUGUAUUACGUGCGUGAAUUGGUAACUAAAUUAGUUACCAAUUUCCGCACGUAAUAGAAAUGUAUACAAAUUUGCCAACUUCGCAGGGCUAUAUUUUCCGUAUUUUACAACAUUUUGCAACCAAACUUUGCAGUUUUUCUAAUUUUGAUAACUUCUUUCCGAAAAUAUCCUUUGUUAUUCCCAGAUUAAAAAUUUUUCUAAAGCGCAAGUCGUCCAUUCCAAGUAGCAGUUGUCCAAGUUUGAAAUGUAUAAGCGUUGUAUACAAGACGUGAUAAUCUGUAUUUUGCCGUUGUAAAUAGAGCAACGCCGACGGCAACGUCUAAAACUUCGUUUAGUUUCGUGUAUUAAUAUGAUAUUAUUAGUCGUCCUCGUUGCACUUUCGUCCGGUCUGUUGAAGUUCUUAAUAACGGUAGUUCCUUUCAAUUAUAAAAGUGUAAAAUUUAAGGCUGUUUCUUGUCACGUCGCCGUACUAGAUUAAACCUUGCUUAAGUUCGCUAAUGGCAAAAAUUUGAUCUUAUCAUCGAUAGGUCCUGUACUACUAUUUACUUUUUCAAAUUUAGGAGUUUCGAUCAAACCCGGAACAAUUUCCUCCAAGAUUUGUGUUGGGUAUUUACCAUGGCAUCUGGUGGGCUUUCGUGACAGCUUCCACUGUCGGGUAAGAUUCUUAUUUUAAUAGUUUUGUCUGUGGAAACACCACGUAAAUUUAUUACUGCAAAGCUUUCGAUCCGUAAGCCCGGAUCUUCAUCAGUGCUAAUAAUAUGAACUAUGCUAGUAAUAUGAACUAAUAAUAUGAACUAUGUUUUAUCGGCAUGUAUAACGUACAAAGAACUUAAGAUUCUUAUUGUUGGUUUGCACUUCUUGUAAAUCUCAAAACAUUUAUUGAUUGCAAGCCAUCAAUCGAUUGCAAGCUACCAAGUCAAAUAUGGGGAAAAAUAAUUUAAAAUUUAAAGUUAUGUCAUUGCCGCUUUAUUGUUGAAUGAAUUUGAGAAAGAUUUUCUUCGAUUGCAAUAGGCUAGGCCCUUGCAGUUGGCCUAAAAACACUUCGCAUAAAGCCGGGAUCAAUGCAUGAAAGUUGCCAGUCAUUUAUAAAUUAAGAGUGUGUGUGUCUUUUUAGUUAUGGAGACCGUCGUCCUAAAACAGUUGGUGGUAAAAUAUUUUCUGUUGUGUGGACGUUAACCGGUCAUGUUGUCAUCCUCAUCCUAACUAGUUUAAUAGCGGGACAUUUGACAACGUAUUCUCUGAAGAUUGAUCGAAGUUUGUAUGGAAAACAAGUAAGAAAUGAUUUAUAUGAUGAGAGCAUCAUAAACUCAUGUUCAGUUUUAUCAAUACUCCUGACUGUUUUAUAUGUAUUUGUGGCGAAAAAAAUUGAGGACUUUCUGUUUUGUAUCGUGGAAAAUGAUCAUGAUAAAAUUUGGUCGUGCCGAAGUCACGAAGAACACACCGCUCCUCAACAUCGAAAAAAGUACUUUAAAACAUUUCUACUGUUCCAAAACUUGUUUUGUUUUAAAUUCCAGGUAUUCUUAGUUGGUUUUGAGCUUUUAGUCCUUGCUUGAACUAUAUGCUAUAAAACUGGAAAAAUUAAUGUUUUCAAAGUUGUAAUAUUUUCGUAAUUUCCCGUUCCUCCAAAACAUUUUUUAACAAAUAGAGUUUAAAUUUCGUUUUUCAGAUUGCAGCCAUUUUAAAUUCUCCUCAAUACAACUUUGCAAUUCGUCGUAAUGCCAAAGUUGGACGAAGUAAGUGACGUAAGACCGUCGGAAAUGACAUUUUUAGAGUCUUUCCUACCCAAUAUUUCAGUAUUUUAUUAUUGCUUAACAAUGAAGAUAAGUAUUAUUACUUACAGUUUAAUGUGACUACGAAAAUUGAGAAAAUUUUGGAAAUUUGGAGUCUCCAGAUCGUCAGAAAGGGUACUUGGCAAUGUCCCCCUGUUACGACGCGUCUCAACGUCUUUAGUUGGUCGAUUGUUAACUCUACUUCUGAUUCAGAGCAUAGAGUUCACUUUUUUAUGCCCUAUGAAUUACUUGAAUUUACCUGAAAAUCUACUGGAAAUCUACCUGAAAGAGCAAUUAUUAGGGGUGUUGCACCCCCCUCCCCCUCCACACCCCCGGUCGCUACGGCCCUAUGUAUAGUAGUUAUAUUUCAUACAUGUAUGACCCUGUGUAUAGUAGUUCUAUUUUAUACAUGUACACUUAAAGACUUCUGUUAAAUAAUGCACCCAUGCACAAUGACUCAAAGUAUUAAGUAAAAUUACUGAAAUUAUGAGAAAAUUUACUAAUUUGCUGAACAGAUAUGCUCUUCCGUGCUUGGUUUGGGAAAUUGGUACACUAUAUUAUAGUACUAUAAUAAAUACUAAUAGUCUUUUAAAGGUGAAAGAUAUUAGUUUUGAAAAUAUUUUGGGCUUCUACAUGAAAGUGUCGACUUGACCGUUGAAUAUUUGUGCAAUUGUUCUUGUAUAAUACCUUACAAUAAAUUAUAUUUUAUUCAGCGGUGUGUUACAAUGUAGAAGAUAUGGUGUCAGCCUUGAAAGAUCGGAAGGUAGAUGGUCUAGUAGUGGACACAUACGUCGCCGGCGCAAGAAAAGAAUUGUUCAGCGAAUACUUUCGUGUAAGAAAGAUUUUUGAUCAUAAGUCAGCGUAUGGUAUGGUCUUGGCUGGGGACGCAAUGAAAUUACAGACAUGUUUCACAAAAUUUCUCAAGGAAAAUCGUGCCAUGGUGUUUGCGGAGUUACGUAAAGUUGUCGAUGCCAUUGAGGUAUAGAUUUAUUUAGUUUUGUUGGCAAUGAGAUAUCUUUGUUGGUCUUUUGGUGUGACUGUUCAGAGGCAGUACAUGUUCUCGAAUGCAUGGUGCCCUAAUAGUCCAGUUUAUUGAAAGUCUCACUCAUUGGUGAGCGGAUUUCCCAACAGGCUAUUAUUGCCCAAUAGACAAUUCCCAUUAGAGACUAAUUUUAAAACUAGGCAAGGAGAUGCAAAUAAAUCACCACAGCUAGAAAGAGCAUAUAAAAAUGAGUGAAUUUGCAAAGUUUGGUUGCGAAACGUUGUAAAAUGCGGAAAAUAUAGCCUUGCAAAAUUUGCAAAUUUUGUAUACUUUUGUAUUGCGUGCGGAAAUUGCUACCAUUUUCGGCCCAAAUGUGGUAGGAAUGUGGCAGGAAUUGCCGCACGCAAUACAAACGUAUACAAAAUUUGCGAACUUUGCAAGGCUAUAUUUUCCUCAUUUUACAACAUUUCGCAACCAAACUUUGUAAUUUUACUAAUUUUAGUAUGCUCUUUCUAGCUGUGGUGAUUUAUUUGCAUCUCCUUGCCUAGUUUUAAAAUUUGUCUAUAAUGGGAAUUGUCUAUUGAUAUCCGGGUAACCUAUACGAUUCAACGUCGUUAUCCAUUUACCAUGUCAAUGCAAAGGUAGCUCUUUCUCCUCAAUUACUUUAAGACCUUGAGUAGAGUUCCGACCAAGGACUGAACCCCAGUCUCCCAGCUUCAAAGGCAAGCGCGAAAAUUAAAGGCACAGUUCAGCCUUUUGAACGAUGGUUUUAAGGCGCAUUUGAGCCCUUUUAAUUGAAAAAACUAACUAGGAAAAUCAAUUAAGCAUAAUUCAAAAUCAGUAAACUCGAUGUUUUUAACAAUAUAAGUGUUUAAAAUGUUAAGUUUGGUGAUCUUGAAUUAUGCUUAAUUGAUUUUCCUAGUUAGUUUUUUCAAUUAAAAGGGCUGAAAUGCGCCUUAAAAACCAUCGUUCAACAGGCUGAACUGUGCCUUUAAGGACGUCAGUGUUAGAUUAAAAAUGUCGACAUGCAAAUAUUGACAAUAAAAUUGCGUUUUGAACAAUGUCACAUUUUACUGACUUUUGACUCUUUCUUUUCAGCCUUUUAUAGUCCUUUUCAGCCUUUUAUAGUCCCUUUUAUAGUCCUGAUAUAUGGCCUUGAAAGUCCUUGAAAAAUCUGUACGUACCCUCUAGCUGUUUAUAAGUUAAAGAGUCAUUGUCAACCACAAUGCAUUGUGCCCCCAAACCUGCUUGGUGGCCAUUUUAAUGGCGGAAUAAUAGAUGUUUUGGUUUUCAAUCCAUAAUAUAUUACUACCAUCCUAUGGUUAUACUUGCUCAUUUUAACUUUUUUAUACUAAAAUUGCAGCUAUUUCAGCAAGAUGUAAACAAAUGCAUUGUGGUUGACAAUAACCCUUUAAUGGUUUUUAUACUACUUGUCGGGUUCAUGUAGGUUUACAAAGGUUGAAAAAAUCACCAUCCGCGGUGGUUAGCGUCAUCCGACCUUCGUACAAGCGGCCGCUGUAGCCCAGGCCUUCUCGCCUGGGUUGUUCGGUUUCGGUUCUGAGCGUCUGGAGAAGGCCCAUUCUCGUACCCAAAGCCCUUCUACCCGCGCGUAAGAAGGGCUCUGGGUACGAGAAUGGAGAAGGCCUAGCAAAAUUCGUUAAUUCCGAACUUUCAGCACAUUUGUCCCAGAAGGACAUUUGCUAGGCCUUCUCGCUUCCACCUCUCCCCAGGCUUCCCAAGCAAGUGCGCGUAGCGGAACCGAAAGGCAGGAACUAGGCCACGGCCGCUGUAUAGUUUCCCAGUUCGCUAUCUACUAUUUGUUGUUUUUUCCAUAUUUUCAUUCCAGGAACCAAAGCUCAGUGAAUCUCUGACUCGAUCAACCAAAUUAUUUGAUCCAACUUCAAGUCAUACUUAUAAGUCCAUGUUAUACUGUACCGUUAUUCUGUGCGGACUGGUAUUGGCGUCUUUACUUUAUGAAGGAAAUCGCCGUCGAAAAAAGAAAAAUAAAGGUAUAUACUGA